AGAUGCUAAUAACCAAAGUUCACUCCUGUAAGCUAAAGAGGUUUGGUCACGCAGUAACAGGUCUCUCUUUCCGGUUGUAAUCGGAGUUUUUCGGCCGCUUGCCUCCAUUUUGUACCGACUCCUGGAUUUCCGGGAUUUCGUAGAACUGGGUUCGCUCAAACCCAGUAAAUCAGGAGAGUUAAUGUAUAAUCACAGGGCAGCGAUGAUAUUAGAAAGCAGGAAUCUUUUUUUUUGAUUCUUGACGUUUUUGAGACCUUUUUACGUUGUGACCUAUUUGGGAUUCAUUUAUAGAGUUGGCAGUAUGUUGUCAGUAUGACAGCGGACGACAGCAAGUUUUCUCCCGUUUAGUUUCCACUUUUUAUUCGGUGGCGGGACACAAAACAAGUAAUCGGUGGAAGAUCCAUCUGUUACUAUAACAUUAAUGUUGUUUGGGAAAAAGUCUUGAAGCGCGACAGACAGAUCCUGCUGAACAACAUUCCAGUUAGCCCUGCUAAAGUUUUGUAUCACCCCACUUCAUCUGAGCGAUCACUUCUCUCAAAACAGUCAGGAAAAAGAAACUUCGAGCAAAGUUUCUGGAGUGUCCCUUUGGAACCACAGUGAAAAGUACAGAGCUGUUUUGGGGAAUAGUCAACAAACAAAGAUUGAAGUGACCGCUGAGGUCUUCAGAAUUCACCAACAUGCCCAUUCCUCCUCCUCCCCCUCCACCUGGACCCCCACCACCCCCAACCUUAAGUCAGGCAAACACCUCUCCUCCCAAAGUCAAUCGAGAUGAUGCCAAGGGAAGAGGAGCUCUGCUGUCAGACAUCUGCAAAGGCGCCAAACUAAAGAAAACCAACGUGGUCAAUGACAGAAGUGCACCUAUAAUUGAAAACGCUGGAGGUCGAAGUGGUGGCAGUGGAGGAGGAGGUGGAGGAGGAGGUGGGGGUGGUGGUGGUGGUGGUGGAGGAGGGUUUGGAGGUAGUUCUGGGCCUAUGGCCAUGGGUGGGUUGUUCAGCGGAGGAGUGCCUAAACUACGACCAGUUGGAGACAGUACUGUAGGAAGGUCAGCACUGCGACCACCCGGCUCUCGUUCUGCAGUACCCCGUGUUGCGAGUCAUUCCGAGCUUGACGGUUCUGGACGUAGUGGUGAAGGAGAUCGCCCCUCAGCUCACGAGCCAUCACGAAACCAUCGCCCAUCACUGCCGGAUGUCACCAAACCAUCUGCUGUCAGCAGUUCCUCUAAACCUAGCAGCUCUGCCCCGCCUCCACCUCCACCGUUCAAUCGCGGCGGGAACCGCGGACCCACCUCAAACCAUCAGGGUUCUGGGUCGUCAUCUGGGAGUCGUGAGAAACCCCUUCCACCUCCACCUGUAAGCAAAGGGCCUCCUCCACCUGCAAACAAAGGGCCUCCUCCACCUGUAAACAAAGGGCCUCCUCCACCUGUAAACAAAGGGCCUCCUCCACCUUUAAACAAAGGGCCUCCUCUCCCACCAGCUUCUUCCCGUGAUGGACCUUCUAGAAACCCCCCCAUUUCAUCACGCUCCUCUUCAUCCUCUAGCUCCUCCAGUGCUCCCCCACCCCCACCUCCCUAUCGACAGCCACCUAAUGUCUCCAAUGGUGACCCAGCGCCUGAGUUACCACAGAGGCGAAACUCGCUGAACAAGAGAGGCCAUUCCAACGCUAACGUUCGCGGCCAGGCUCCUCCACCCCCUUCCCAACAGAACCGACGACCACCGCCACCGACACGUGAGCCGGUGGGCCGUAGCACAGCUCCUCAGCCUCCUCCUCCUGGGUCUCGUAACGGGGUUAGGGAAAUGCAAGCCCCUCCACCUCCUUACCGGUCACACAAUGAACCUCCUAGCCGAGGGAAACCUCCUUCUCUCUCCUCAACUGGACGUCAGGCUACAGCACAUGCACCUCCACCUCCUCCACCUGUCCGCAACGGACACACACCGCUUCACUCCAAGUCUCUUUCUGAUGAUUUCGAAUCCAAGUACCCCUUCCACCCUAUAGAAGACCUUCCCCCUCCAGAAGAAUACAGAUCAUUCCAGAAGAUCUAUCCCAGCAAAACCGAAAAGACUAUGGUCAGAGGUGCUCCUCCACUGCCUCCUGUUUCAAGAUGAACAUCCAGUGAAAUUGACCAAAAAGAGAUGCCAAAACCUUCACACACACACACAACCAUGUACAUAGCAUACUGUACAUAUUAGUGCCACACAAACAAUAGUUAUUCAUACCAAACAUCUACUCGGAUAACACUCCUAGGACAACACUAUAUACCAGCAUGAUUUCUUAUGCAAACUACUCCAGAAUGCUGUACUUCUAGACCUAAAAACACUGUGCAAUAUCCCUGUGCUGCCUAGAAAACGCACCUUCUAAUAUUGUGCCGGAGAACAGGGACACAGUUUAGCGACCAAGCCAGAGCACACUACUCCAUAGAUCAUGGGUUGAAUGUACACAUUCCACCUCUUAGACCGACCAAAGUUUUCGUUUUAAUAAAUGAGAAAAUGUGUAGCACUUGUAGAUUAUUGAUGUCUAUGCAUAUAAGACGACGUUCUUAAAUGAGUCACGUCUGUAUUUUUCCGGACAAUCAUUUUAUUGCGUAUCAGUUUAUGUUAGAUGUUUGUUUAUUGAGUUUUAUACAUUUUAAAUUCAAGAAUAGUGUGUCCAGGACAGAGUUACGUUUAAAUUGAGAAAAACGUGUUUGCAUACACUACGAAAAGCUAUGAAUGGCUGUUUAUUUUUUCAAGCCAUAGUUUUCUAUUUCCCUGGAACAUCUCAAUGUGUGAAUGAGAACACUUGUGAUCACUUUAUUUGCUUCACCUCUGUAAAGGGAACUGUGUUUUGCUCAAUAGUGACCAAAUAUGAAGUGCCACAUGUUCUCCCAAAAACACCUGUAUAUAUGCAGUUGUUUAGUGCCAUCUUGUGGCUUAUUUGCACCAUUACUCCAACUGGGUACCAUAAUUUAUACAUUGCCGUUUAUCGUUUUUGUUUCAAACUAAAGCAAAAUUUCAGGAAAUACAUUUUAAUAGAUUUUGUAUAAACACUACAGGCAUGGACGUUUGCCAAUGGGUUCAUUUUAAACACGUGACAUUUGUAAGAAUUAAAAGUCAAAUAACAUAACACUUUUAACAUUGUGUCAGGUAUCACGUUGCCUCAGUUCAGGCACUUUUGGGCUGUUAGUAAUUCUAAAAGUUAUUUUGCGGGAUUUGGUAUUAUAAUAUGUGAAUGUAAUUUUAUCGCUGUUUUAGAUUGUUUUAAACACCGUGAUAAUAUGAUGCAUUUGAAUAAAGAAGGGCAUGGGACAAACUG